AUGGUGGCUGGGGAGCUCGAGGUGCCUGUAGCUGCGGUGCUGAGGUUGGAGCGUCUGCAUAAUCUGAAUAGGGAGGCCACAGGAACAGACGAAGUUGACAAGCUAGAAACUAAAUUUAUAUCUGCUUGGAACAACGUGAAAUAUAGUUGGGUGUUGAAAACAAAGACAUAUUUUAGUAGAAAUUCCCCUGUUUUAUUGCUUGGAAAGUGUUACCAUUUUAAAUAUGAAGAUGAAAAUGAACUGUUACCUGCAAGAUCAGGACGUACCAUAGAAGAUCAUGGAAUUGAGGGAAACGUAGAAGAAUUUCGUAAAGGUUUCAUUUCAAGAAUAUGGCUUACCCACAAGGAAGAAUUUCCUCGAAUAGAAGGCUCAGCUUUGACAACAGACUGUGCUUGGAGCUGUACAUUAAGAACCGGCCAGAUGCUAUUGGCUCAAGGACUCAUUCUACACUUGCUUGGUAGAGCUUAGACCUGGUGGCCUGAUGCUUUGAACACUGAAAAUUCAGACUCUGAAUCAUGGACUUCCAACACUGUAAAAACAUUUACUGCAUCUUUCAAAGCAUCGCUUUCAGGGGAAAGAGAACUCAAAACCCCAACAAUUUCUCUGAAGGAGACAAUCGGGAGAUAUUCUGAUGAUCAUGAAACGCAAAAUGAAAUUUAUCACAGGAAAAUCAUCCCUUGGUCUGGUGAUUCCCCCUUGGCUCUCUUUGGUUUACACCAACUAAUAGAAUAUGGAAAGAAGUCUGGGGAAAAAGCUGGAGAUUGGUAUGGACCAGCUGUGGUUGCUCACAUUUUAAGAAAAGCAGUUGAAGAAACAAGACACCCAGAUUUACAAGGAAUAACUAUUUAUGUUGUGCAACAUUGUACAGUUUACAGUUCUGAGGUAACUGAUAAACAGUGCGCUUCCAUGGCCUCUGAUAAUACAGAUGACAAAGCUGUUAUUAUUCUAGUUCCUGUUAGACUUGGUGGAGAAAGAAACAAUGCCGACUAUUUAGAUUUUGUAAAGGGUAUUUUAAGCCUUGAAUACUGUGUGGGUAUUAUUGGUGGCAAACCUAAACAGUCAUAUUGCUUUGCUGGAUUUCAAGAUGACACUUUGAUUUACAUGAAUCCUCAUUACUGCCAAUCUUUUGUAGAUGUCAGCAUAAAGGAUUUCCCUCUUGAGACAUUCCACUGCCCUUCUCCUAAAAAGAUGUCAUUUCGAAAAAUGGAUCUUAGCUGUACAAUAGGAUUUUACCGUCAAAAUGUUCAAGACUUCAAACGAGCUUCUGAAGAAAUCACUAAGAUGCUGAAAAUUUCUUCUAAGGAGAAAUAUCCAUUAUUUAGUUUUGUAAAUGGUCAUUCCAGAGACCAUGAUUUUACAUCUACUACAACCAACGAAGAAGACCUUUUCUCAGAGGAUGAAAAGAAAAGAUUAAAAAGAUUUAGCACAGAAGAGUUUGUCUUGCUGUAAAGAUUAGCAUAUUUGUGCUCGAUGAGAAGAAAUCCUUUGAAGGAGGAAAAAGGAAGAGAAACAAGUAUACUUGAAACUGGUUUAU